CAUUAGUAACAGAUAAAAGAUCUAGUUAGAUUGAUUUUGAUAUGAAGAGUAUUACUAAUUUAUAAUUAAUUAGUUGUAGUUACGAAUCUAAGAAAACUCCUUUAGGUAAAUUAGCUGUUUCAACUAUCAAAUAAGGAUUUGAAGUUCUUAAAUAAAUAUCAGAAGAAUUGAAUUUUGUAUUCAAACUCCUCAUGAUUUUGGAUAUAUGAGAGCUCCUCUUAUUUAAACUCCUAAGAUAUUUAAAAUAAAUUG